GCAAGAGCAAUUACUAAUAAUUAGGUUACCCGUGGACUUUGUAAGAUCUUACAUGUCCCAAGUAAUCAAGGUGCUAAAGUGCUAAGGUUAACGUCUCUUCUGUUUCAUAUGAGACAAGCAUAACUAGAUUCCCCUAGUUCAAUGCGACCCAAUACGACGGCGUUCUUUUCAAUCUAGAAUGUAUCGUGGUUGCCAUAUGCGAAGGUAAUAGAAAAACUUUAUUCAUCAGGCCAUCAACGUUAUCUUUACCUUUACCGAUCAUGCUGAAGUCGGGUCGGGUCCUGGUGGCCCCUAGGUAUUAGGUUCUACUUCUCAACAAGAUCAAGAUUGGCAUCAACCAACGGUCCUUGGAAUACUACGGCCUCUUCCGAAACAUGUCAAUGCUGAGGUAGACAUUUAUUAGGUAUUGUUGGUUGGAUACGUGUUGAAAGUGGAGGGAGGAUUGACUUUGAUAUUCACCCAAGACCAUUAGAGGAAUACAAGGCCAGUGGCAGUGCAUCAUCUAUCGUAUCUCAGCGGCAGAGAUUUCACAAUCCCUACAUACCACGUUUCUCUCAACUUCCACAAGAAAUUCCGUCGAACCACAUAUCAAAGAUUGAUGACACUAUCAAAUCAACUAAUUAACUUGCCAACCCAUUACCCUUUAUCUAUCUCUUGUCCCUCUCAAUUGAGUCUUGCAAACGCUCCACCGACCUCGAAAGGAAAUUCGCGUCUCCGUUUCUUUCUCAUUUCACCUGCAAGUCCGCAAUUCUGCAAGUGAUUGCUGCAAUAUUUUGUCAGUGCGUUGCCGUUUUUAGAAGCUUUCUGACUGAAGUUGAUCCACCUUCGAGAAGGGGUCCCUUGAAUAUCCUGAAAGACUUGCCCAACACCCCUUCACUCCUGUUUGAAGUUGAACGCCCUUCCAAUUCCUUUUUCCUCGUGGCACCCAGGGCGUGACCCACUUGCAUACCUGCUGCUACUACAAAAGCCGAAGACGUGGAUCAACGCCAUCACUUCCAGACCAGAAUAGCCUGAGAUAGCCCAUACCUCCUCACUCCCUCGAGCCACUCUGCGAUUCGAUCAUAUAACGGUUGUUAUUAGGGACCACUUCAUACUACAAGAGGAAAAACCCUUGAUUUAACCUGUCCUAAAAUCUCAUCCCGUGUCAAUCUGAAACGAAUAUCGCAAAGAUGGUUGCUUCCUUAGAUUCUUCCCGUCCUAUCAUGGCACCAAGUGUCUCUUCCAAAGGCAAUCGCUUCAGUACUUACAGCCAAGCUAUCUCUGUCGAAACCACCGAUUCUGCUCGAGAAGAAAUCACCGCGAUUGAAGAAGGGUUCGACAAGUUGCACAAUAAGAAGUUGGAGAGUCAACGUUGUGAUCUGACCACUGAGAAGAGAGAUAACAUGGGCAAGUUGGCAUUGGGAGCCAAGCUGGAGAGGGCAUUGGGUCGAAGAAUGGGUAGUCAGGAUGCCGUUAUGCGAAAGAAAUCACCUUCACAAUCAUCUGCCGAAUCACCUACAUUAUCCAUGAAUGAGAAGACCGCUCUGUCCGAGAGUGAAAAGGAGAAUGCCGCAUAAUGGAUGUUGGAUGUUGCGUGUUGAAUCAGGGGACGAUAUGGCUACCAUGUUGGGAGGAGGACCAUUGUUUUACGGAUUUUCACUUGGAACAAUUAUGGGCAUCGAUUGGCGUUCCGUUCAUGUUUUAUCCUUUACGUCACCUUGAGCCUAACUGUUAUACCAUUUCAUUUGAUGGGCGUCGACAACUGUUUUCAAAGCUCUUAUACCACACCAGCGCACGCAUUAGCGAGAGAUGAUGUUUUUAAAUUGGCAUGAAACUUGCUCAUAAUUAGAACAAGUAGACAUAGGAGUCUAAGGAUCAAAUUAUGAAUGCGUCCUACAUGUUCUAUGUGAAAAGAUAGACCUGAGAAAAGUAAUACUUCAAUGUUAUUAGUGUCGGAUUGAGAUCAUUGAAGGAUUGAAAUGGCAAGCGAUGUAUUUAGAAUAUUUUCAGGAAUUCAGAUUAUGGAAUGUUUAUCUCUCAUUCAGAAGAAUGAAAUAAUCAUGAU